CCUGCGCCAGCCGGGCAAGGCACCCUGCCUGGAAUCCCCGGCGGGGUGCACGGGGCGAGGUGCCACCUUGCUCUGGCUGGGGAGGCAGACGAUGAAGAGUGAUGGGGCAGGCGUGCGGCCACUCCAUCCUCUGCAGGAGCCAGCAGUACCCAGCGGCACGGCCGGCUGAGCCGCGGGGCCAGCAGGUCUUCCUCAAGCCGGACGAGCCGCCGCCGCCGCCGCCGCAGCCAUGCGCCGACAGCUUGCAGGAUGCGCUACUGAACCUGGGCUCGGCCAUCGACGGGGCGGGCCUGCGACGCGCCAUCAAGGAGGCCCUCUCAGCUGUGCUGCCCAAAGUGGAAAUUGUCUACACCUACUUGCUGGACGGCCAGUCCCGGCUGGUGUGUGAGGACCCCCAACAUGAGCUGCCUCAGGAGGGGCAAAUCCGAGAGGCAGUGACCUCCAGGAAGAGGCUGACCUGCAAUGGACUGGUCAACUCGGACCGACUGGGGAAGCCCUUGGCUGAGCUGGGGGCUCCGCUGGCCCCUGACACCCAAGUGCUGGUCAUCCCGCUGCUGGACAAGGAGGCCGAGGCUGUGGCAGCUGUCAUCCUGGUGCACUGUGGCCAGCUGAGUGACAAUGAGGAGUGGAGCCUGCAGGCUGUGGAGAAGCAUACCCUGGUUGCCCUGCGGAGGGUGCAGACCCUGCAGCAGCGUGAGCGCUGCGCAGCCCAGAACCCCCCAGAGGUGGCGGAUGGCAGAGACCAGAAGGACAGCGUGGCCUACACCGACCAGGACCAAAAGAUUCUGCAGUUAUGCGGGGAACUCUACGACCUGGACGCCUCUUCCCUGCAGCUCAAAAUACUCCAAUACGUGCAGCAGGAGACCCAGGCCUCCCGCUGCUGCCUCCUGCUGGUGUCCGAGGACAAUCUCCAACUUUCCUGUAAGGUCACGGGAGAAAAAGUGCUGGAACAAGAGAUCAGCUUUCCGCUGACCACAGGACGCCUGGGCCAGGUGGUAGAAGACAAGCAGUCCAUCCGGCUGAAGGACCUCACCUCGGAGGAUGUGAAGCAGCUGCAAAGCAUGCUGGGCUGUGAGUUGCAGGCCAUGCUCUGCGUCCCUGUCAUCAGCCGGGCCACUGACCAGGUGGUAGCCUUGGCCUGCGCCUUCAACAAGCCGGAAGGAGCCUUGUUCACAGAGCAGGAGGAGCGCCUCAUCCAGCACUGCUUCCACUACACCAGCACGGUGCUCACCAACACCCUGGCCUUCCAGAAGGAGCAGAAGCUCAAGUGUGAGUGCCAGGCGCUUCUCCAAGUGGCAAAGAACCUCUUCACUCACCUGGAUGACGUCUCCGUCCUGCUCCAGGAGAUCAUCACAGAGGCCAGAAACCUCAGCAAAGCUGAGAUCUGCUCCGUGUUCCUGCUGGAUCAGAAUGAGCUGGUGGCCAAGGUGUUCGACGGGGGCGUGGUGGAUGACGAGACCUACGAAAUCCGCAUCCCCGCCGACCAGGGCAUCGCGGGUCACGUGGCGACCACCGGGCAGAUACUGAACAUCCCAGACGCCUAUGCACACCCGCUUUUCUACCGCGGUGUGGACGACAGCACCGGCUUUCGCACGCGAAACAUCCUCUGCUUUCCCAUCAAGAAUGAGAACCAGGAGGUCAUCGGUGUGGCCGAGCUGGUGAACAAGAUCAACGGACCAUGGUUCAGCAAGUUCGACGAGGACCUGGCCACCGCCUUCUCCAUCUACUGUGGCAUCAGCAUCGCCCAUUCCCUCCUGUACAAGAAAGUGAAUGAGGCCCAGUAUCGCAGCCACCUGGCCAAUGAGAUGAUGAUGUACCACAUGAAGGUGUCUGAUGAUGAGUACACCAAACUGCUUCACGACGGCAUCCAGCCUGUGUCUGCUAUUGACUCCAACUUUGCCAGUUUCACCUACACGCCGCGCUCUCUGCCUGAGGACGACACUUCCAUGGCCAUCCUGAGCAUGCUGCAGGACAUGAAUUUCAUCAAUAACUACAAAAUCGACUGCCCGACGCUGGCCCGGUUCUGUCUGAUGGUGAAGAAGGGCUACCGGGACCCGCCCUACCACAACUGGAUGCACGCCUUCUCUGUCUCCCACUUCUGUUACCUGCUCUACAAGAACCUGGAGCUCACCAACUACCUCGAGGACAUCGAGAUCUUUGCCUUGUUUGUUUCCUGCAUGUGUCACGACCUGGACCACAGAGGCACCAACAACUCCUUCCAGGUGGCCUCGAAAUCUGUGCUGGCUGCGCUCUACAGCUCCGAGGGCUCUGUGAUGGAGAGGCACCACUUCGCCCAGGCCAUCGCCAUCCUGAACACCCACGGGUGCAACAUCUUUGACCACUUCUCGCGGAAGGACUAUCAGCGCAUGCUGGACCUUAUGCGGGACAUCAUUCUGGCCACGGACCUGGCCCACCACCUGCGCAUCUUCAAGGACCUGCAGCGGAUGGCCGAAGUGGGCUACGACCGCACCAACAAGCAGCACCACCAACUGCUCCUCUGCCUCCUCAUGACCUCCUGUGACCUCUCGGACCAGACGAAGGGCUGGAAGACCACCCGCAAGAUCGCGGAGCUCAUCUACAAAGAGUUCUUCUCCCAGGGAGACCUGGAGAAGGCCAUGGGCAACCGGCCCAUGGAGAUGAUGGACCGGGAGAAGGCCUACAUCCCCGAGCUGCAGAUCAGCUUCAUGGAGCACAUUGCCAUGCCCAUCUACAAGCUGCUGCAGGACUUGUUCCCCAAGGCCGCCGAGCUGUAUGAGCGAGUGGCCUCCAACCGCGAGCACUGGACCAAGGUGUCGCACAAGUUCACCAUCCGCGGCCUCCCGAGCAACAACUCUCUGGACUUCCUGGACGAGGAGUAUGAGGUGCCCGGGCUGGACGGCUCCGGGGGCCCGGUCAAUGGCUGCUGCAGCCUGGAUGCUGAGUGAGGCCCGCCGAGUGCCCUAUCCCGCCCAGGCCUCGCCCACCAGGCCUGGCCGGAGGCCCUCCGGGGGCUCUGGAGCAGAACUCCCCGCGGGAGCCGGGCCAGCUGUCGUCCUGGGCCUCCUCUUUCUCGCCUGUGUAUUGGGAACAAGACUGAAGCCUCACCCGGACUUUGUCAUUUGUCCUCUGAGAGAGCGUGACAUCCUCCUCAGUCCCGCCCACUCCUGCAUACGUGUGACCUUCUCCUGGCUCCUUGGACAAGGACGGGGCCCUCUGAGCAUAUUGGGGGGGUCGGACUGCAGGGACACCCUCCCCAGGCACCCACCUGGGAGAGGAAGCAAGCUGGGCUCAGGUGGGCAGGCGUCACUGACUGUGGGGACCCCUCUUCCCGCCCGUGACCUGUCCCUCCCCCCACUCUGGGCAAGGCCAGAGGGGGACAGCCCAUUCCUGAAGACCCCUCUUUGAUCAAAGACCCCUUGCUUUGUGGGGCCCCAGGAGAGGCCCUGGAAGACCCUGCCCCCCCAGGACAGAAUCCACCCCGAGCCCCUCAGUGGCCCCUAGAGUACCCCUUUUCCUGAGUGCCCCCCAUUCCUGAGAGGAAUCUGGCCUCUGCCCCAGCAAGGCUUCCUUCCCCACCAAGGCCAUAACCCCUGCUCCCGGGCUCGGGGGACAUCCCCACGGCCCCCCGGGUCAGCGGCUUCAGCCCCCCUCCUCUGUUCUGUCUGUGUUUUGGGGGGAGGGGGGCCACCUGCCUUACCUAUUCUGAGUUGCCUUUAGAGACGCAUUUUUCUAGGACUCUGUGCAACUGUCGUCAUGGUCCUGUGGGCUGACCGCUUUGUACAUGAGAAUAAAUGUAUUUCUUUCUACCA